CUCUGUUUUGUUAAUGGAAACCCCUUAGCAGCAGCAGUAGUUUUACUGCCUGGUCGUAUGAUUUUCAUCUGGGGUAGGGAUUUGGCAAGGAUAUAACAAGCAAUGGAAAAUGAAUCAAACUUCCUAGACAGCAGGCCCUUGAGGAAUUCUGGGAAAGGGAACAUUUAUGCCAGGAAAGAAGAUGGGGGAAGCACAGUAGCUGCUCCUCCCCAAAAGAAGCUGUGGUGUCACUGUCAUCACUACUGUCCUGAAAAUUCAAAAAACAACACCUGCAGCACGGAUGGAUACUGUUUUGCAAUGGUGGAAGAGGAAGAGUCUGGAGGACAGACUUUUACCACAGGCUGCAUAGGCUUAGAAGGUUCUGACUUCCAGUGCCGAGACACUCCACUCUCUCAACCAAGAAGAUUAAUUGCAUGCUGCACGGAUCAAGAUUUCUGUAAUAAAGAUCUUCAUCCUACUCUGCCACCCCUAGAAGAUCAAGCUUUUUCCGAAGCAAAUGUUCACCACAAGGCUCUGCUAAUAUCAGUGACUGUCUGUAGCAUACUUCUCGUGUUCAUCAUCAUAUUCUGUUACUUCAGGUAUAAAAGGCAAGAAACCAGACAACCUCCUCAUUACAGCAUUGGACUUGAACAAGAUGAGACUUAUAUUCCACCAGGAGAAUCCUUGAAAGACCUCAUUGAACAGUCUCAGAGCUCAGGAAGUGGUUCAGGGCUCCCUCUGUUGGUACAGAGGACUAUAGCAAAGCAGAUUCAGAUGGUGAAGCAGAUUGGCAAAGGUCGCUAUGGAGAAGUCUGGAUGGGAAAGUGGCGAGGAGAAAAGGUGGCUGUCAAGGUUUUCUUCACCACAGAGGAAGCCAGCUGGUUUCGAGAGACAGAAAUCUAUCAGACUGUUCUGAUGAGGCAUGAAAAUAUUUUGGGAUUCAUUGCUGCAGACAUUAAAGGUACUGGAUCUUGGACACAGCUUUAUCUUAUCACAGAUUAUCAUGAGAAUGGAUCCCUGUAUGAUUAUCUGAAAUCUACAACCUUGGAUACAAAAGCUAUGUUAAAACUGGCAUACUCAUCUAUCAGUGGAUUGUGCCACUUGCAUACUGAGAUCUUCAGCACCCAAGGCAAACCAGCAAUUGCUCACCGGGACCUCAAAAGUAAAAACAUUCUGGUGAAGAAAAAUGGAACUUGCUGUAUAGCAGACCUUGGUCUGGCAGUUAAAUUCAUUAG